AUGCCAGCAAGAUCCAGUGCCCAGCUGGCAUGGCUCUGCUUUGUCACUGUGUCUGUGGCAAUCUACCCUGCACUGCUGCAGAAGCCUCCUAAACGGAGAACAAUCAAUGGGAAUGUACAGUCCAAGAUGACAGCCUGCUGCGAUGAGAUCAAGGAGCUCAAGGUGCAAGUAGCCAACCUCAGCAGAAUGCUGCAGGAGCUGAGCAAGAAGCAGGAAGGUGACUGGGUGAACGUGGUGAUGCAGGUGAUGGAGCUGGAAGGGAGCACCAAGCAGAUGGAGUCUCGCCUCAUUGAUGCUGAGAGCAAAUACUCCGAAAUGAACAACCAGAUAGACAUCAUGCAGCUGCAGGCGGCUCAGACUGUCACACAGACUUCAGCUGAUGCUGUCUAUGACUGCUCAUCGCUUUACCAGAGGAACUACAGAAUCUCUGGCGUUUACAAGCUACCUCCUGAUGAAUUUUUGGGGAGUCCAGAUCUGGAGGUGUUCUGUGACAUGAAGACAGAUGGAGGUGGCUGGACUAUCAUCCAGAGGCGUAAAGUUGGUUUGACAUCUUUCAAUAGGGACUGGAAACAAUACAGGGAUGGAUUUGGCAACAUCAGAGGAGACUUUUGGCUGGGAAAUGAAAAUAUCUACAGACUCUCAAGGCGCCCCACUGUUCUGAGAGUGGAGUUGGAGGACUGGGAAGGUAACAUCCGCUACGCACAGUACCAGCAGUUCACCCUGAGCAAUGAACUCAACAGCUACCGGCUCUUCGUGGGCAACUACACCGGCAACACAGGGCGUGACUCCCUGCGCUACCACAACAAUACAGCCUUCAGCACGAAGGACAAGGACAAUGACAAAUGUGUGGAUGACUGUGCCCAGUUCCGUAAAGGUGGCUACUGGUACAACUGCUGCACAGAUUCCAACCUGAAUGGGGUUUACUACCGCAAGGGAGAGCACACCAAGAACAUGGAUGGCAUCACCUGGUAUGGAUGGCACGGAUCAACCUAUUCACUGAAGAGAGUUGAGAUGAAGAUCCGGCCAGAGGACUUCAAACCAUAG